UUAGGGUCGGAUUGUGAUGAAUUGUUGUUAAACCUCAUCUAUUGUUAAAUUCUGCCCAGUUGUAUGUAAGAUCUCAAAAGCGACUGUCUUUGGGUGUCAGACAGGAUUUUAUUGUGGAACAAUACACGAGGAGAACAAAUAUUUAAACUAUACACAAACACUUCAGGCCGAUGUACGCACGCGCGGUUCCUCGAUAGAACGCGUUAUAUAGCUGGACAUGUGACUCAGGACGAGACCGACAUUGCAACUUCACCCUGCUCGGAAGUAAAAAAGCACCGCGUUUCUUUCAGCGUAGGAAGAACAGGUGAUGCCGAUGGAGUGUUUGCAUUUGUGCCAGAUUUUUCAAGAUGUGCUUUGUAAUCCAGCCUUGACAAGGUUGUGAACUUCUGUUGCAAAGUAAUGGAGUCAUCUGCCCAAGAGUCAUCACAACGUGACACUCCUCGUGAGCUGGACUUAUUUGGAGAAGAAGCAUUGGAAGAGAUUCUUGACUCCUAUGACAGUCUACGCGCGCAGAUUGAGCAACUUCAGUUGCACUGUGAAAAGCUAGUAACAGACAAAGCUACAGUUGAUCAGUUGUUGAUUGAUAAAGAGAAAGAAAAUCAACUUGUCAAAGAAAAACUACAAGAAGAAAUAAACAACCUUAGAAAAUUAAAUAUACAAUUGUUAUCAUCUCAGAACACAACUGAAAAAGAUUUGAGUCAUUCAUCAGGCUUGGUGAAGGAAAUCUUUGAUUCUGAUCAAGUGUAUCAAAAAAAAUUGGAAGCAGAUGCUAAGGUGGAUGCACUCCAAUUAAAGUUAUUAGAGAAGGACAAACACAUUUCAAACUUGGAAUGGCAGCUAGUUGAUUCUGAUGCUACAAUAGCAUCACUGCAGGCAGAGAGGGAUCGUCUAGCAUUGGAGCUUGACUGUACUUUAGCUAGAGAACAAGAAUCAGACCUUCAGGCUCUUGGUGCUGUUGGAGACAUAUCUGGGUACACUGAUCCUUUAGAUAAUUCAGAUUAUGGUUUGGUCGAGUCUGGAUUUGUGGAUGAUAUGCCUAUACGACGUGUUAGGAAGCAGCCUCGGCGGCACCUGAGUGAUUUGACUACACGUGGUACCUCUCACUUUGAUGACUUUGGUGCAAUUGUUGCUGGACAUGUUAGCCUUUCAGAUUACGAUGUUCCUACAUUAACAGAUAAAGAAUCAUAUGGUCUUGGUGGUCUACGGAGAGCAACAAACUUCAGCAACAUUAAUAACAUAGAUGCAUGUGAGAAGUUUCACAGUGGGACACCACAGUCUUCCUCAAGCAAUGUUCAUCUGCAGGAUUGGGAAAGUUUUGAUGAGUCUGAUGCAAAGCAGUCAUCAUCAUUGAACAGAAAAAAAUGGGACAGACUUUCUGAUGUGUAUGACCACACAGACAGGGGUGGUAGUGAUCUUAAAAGUGAAAAAGAAGACAUGUGGACCUUCACUCCUGAUAGUAUAAUCAAUGUAUCAACUGGUGAGGAAUUGUCACCUUUACCAGGGGAGUCAAACUUUUUUCGGAGGUUCUCCAAGGACAGUAAUAUACCGUCUAAUGACAACACACCACACAAGGGAACAAAAAACAUUCAGAGGGCAGAGUCUCUGCCUUCUGACAGAAGGAGAGUGGACAUCAACUCUGGAACGCAUCAAAAGACAGCUAGUCAACCCAUAGGCAAAACUGAUUCAUUUAUUCUUCAAACUAAUAAUAACACACAAACAUCCAACAAUAACAAAAAUGUAUCUAGCAAAAAGCUGGAGGAAUACCACAAGUGGAAGGUGUCUGGUUGUAAGGGUGAUCCCCCUGCGAAGCUCAAAAUAUCACAAUGCUGACUAAAGAUGGAGGAAAUUAGUGAAUUUCAAGUUUAAAUCAUUGUGAGAUGUUACUGCUACUUGCAGGACAUUGCUGCAGUUAUUUUCAGUUUUAUUUUGCACCAAAAUAUGUUUCUUUUCCACUCAAGAUUUUAAUUUUUUGUUGAUGGUAGCUGAGUCAUCAAUAGUGUGGGCCAGUAGAAGAGUUCAAGAAUAAAUUGACGGCUUUAAUUUUCUGUGAAGAAGAAACAUGUCCAGUGACAGUUCUUACUGUUUGUCUAGUGGUGAUUGGGAGUUGUUCAGAUUAAUAUAUAGAAUUUAAUGUACAUUGUGUACUUCUUAGAAAGAUGAGAAUUGUGGGACAAAUCCUAGCUUCUAUGUAAAUGCAUGAUGAAAAUGCUGAUAUCUGCUUAAUACAUACAUUCAUUGUUCUAAAAAGUAACUACAAUUUAGGAAACAGACUGUUAAUUUAUUAGGUUUAACUUGGAAAUGAUAUAGUCAAAUUGUCCUUAUUUUUAUGCUGCAAUUUCAAAUUUUCUUCAGAGAGUUGAGCCCAUUGCAAGGGCAUGGUCAGGCACAUUUGACUUCAAGUAAACUUUUGUGUUUUCCGUGCAUUGAUGGUUAUGGUAAAUGAUUUGAUUGUCUUCCAGAAGUUUAACUUCAGCGGACACUAAAUGCUUAAUGCAGUAAUUAGACAAGGCCUGCUUUAUUUGUGCAUAUACUAUGUAAUGGUAUUUACUUGCAAGAUUUUUUUUCUUUUUUUUUCUCUUUGCCUUUUUUUGUGGCAGUGAAGUUUUGAUAUUUUCUUUUCCAAAUUAUCAAUUUAGAAU